GGGGCGGACGGUUCCGAGUGGCGGCGGCGCGGGCGGGGUCCAGGCUGCUGCGCGCCCGCCCCGGCACUGCUCGGCCUGCUCGCCAUGGACGACGACGACGUCUCCGCCCGCAAGGGCUCCUUCCGAAAGUUCCUGGAGCACCUCUCCGGGGCCGGCAAGGCCAUCGGCGUGCUGACCAGCGGCGGGGAUGCCCAAGGUAUGAAUGCUGCUGUCCGUGCUGUGGUGCGCAUGGGAAUAUACGUGGGGGCCAAGGUGUACUUUGUCUAUGAGGGUUACCAAGGCAUGGUUGAUGGCGGCAGUAACAUCGUGGAAGCCAACUGGGAAAGCGUCUCCAGCAUUCUGCAAGUGGGAGGCACCAUCAUAGGCAGUGCUCGCUGCAAGGCCUUCCGCACCCGGGAGGGUCGGCUGAAAGCCGCCGGGAACCUGGUUCAGCGGGGCAUCACCAACCUGUGUGUGAUCGGCGGGGACGGAAGUCUCACCGGGGCCAACAUCUUCCGGAAGGAGUGGAGCGGGCUGCUCAAAGAGCUGGCCGAAAAUGGCGACAUCGACAGGGAGGAGGUGCAGAAGCAUGCCUACCUCAACGUCGUGGGCAUGGUUGGCUCCAUCGACAACGACUUCUGCGGCACUGACAUGACCAUCGGCACUGACUCCGCCUUGCACAGGAUUAUCGAGGUCGUGGACGCCAUCAUGACCACCGCCCAGAGCCACCAGAGGACUUUUGUGCUUGAGGUCAUGGGGAGACACUGCGGGUACCUAGCCCUGGUGAGCGCCCUGGCCUGCGGGGCAGACUGGGUGUUCCUUCCAGAGUCUCCCCCGGAAGAAGGCUGGCAGGAGAACAUGUGCAUCAAGCUCUCGGAGAACCGUGCCCGGAAGAAAAGACUGAAUAUCAUCAUUGUGGCGGAAGGCGCCAUCGACACCCAAAAUAAACCCAUUACCUCUGAGCAAAUCAAGGAGCUUGUGGUCACGCAGCUGGGGUACGACACGCGGGUGACCAUCCUUGGACACGUGCAGAGAGGCGGGACUCCUUCGGCCUUUGACAGGAUUUUGGCCAGUCGCAUGGGGGUGGAGGCCGUGGUCGCCCUUCUCCAGGCCACCCCAGAGACCCCGGCCUGCGUGGUGUCGCUGAGCGGGAACCAGGCCGUCCGCCUGCCCCUGCUGGAGUGUGUGCAGAUGACCCAGGACGUGCAGAAGGCCAUGGACGAGAGGAGAUUUAAGGACGCCGUGCGACUCCGCGGAAGGAGCUUCGAGAGCAAUCUGAACACCUACAAGCGGCUCGCCAUCAAGAUGCCAGAUGACCAGAUCCCCAAGAGCAACUGCAACGUGGCAGUCAUCAACGUGGGCGCCCCCGCCGCCGGGAUGAACGCGGCCGUGCGCUCGGCCGUGCGCGUGGGCAUCUCCGAAGGGCACAAGAUGUUUGCCAUCUACGACGGCUUCGAGGGCUUCGCCAAGGGCCAGAUAAAGGAGAUCGGCUGGGCGGAUGUCGGAGGCUGGACCGGCCAAGGAGGCUCCAUUCUUGGGACCAAACGGACGCUGCCCGGGAAGUCCCUGGAGGCGAUCGCCGAGCAGAUGCGGACCCACAGCAUCAACGCGCUGUUGAUCAUUGGUGGAUUUGAGGCGUUCGAGGGCUCGGUCCUAUUGGCCCAGGCACGUGACAGCCACCAGGAGUUUUGCGUCCCCAUUUGCAUCGUGCCGGCCACCAUUAGCAACAACGUCCCAGGCUCAGACAUCUCCAUGGGUUCUGACACUGGCCUCAAUGUGUUGGUAGAGACGUGUGACCGCAUCAAGCAGUCGGCCAGCGGGACCAAGCGCCGCGUGUUCAUCAUCGAGACCAUGGGGGGCUACUGCGGCUACCUGGCCAACAUGGGGGCGCUUGCCGCCGGAGCCGACGCCGCCUACAUCUUCGAAGAGCCCUUCGACAUCCGUGACCUGCAGGCCAACGUGGAGCACCUGACCGAGAAAAUGAAGACCACCAUCCAGAGGGGACUCGUGCUCAGGUACGGACGCCGCCUCCUCGCCCCCGCCCCCCGCCCCGGCUUCUCAGAACCAUCCGGGUUCACGGUCUGAGCGCGCAGGGGCAGCAGUCCGGUCUCUGCCACGGUCCCGAAGAAACGCGGUAGUAAUUGCGCGUUGCGUUAAAGUCACUGAAGGGCACGUUUUAAAAAUUCACUUUUGCUUUGUAGUUUGCUUUGUGUUGUUUACGAUCUCACCAAGUCAAGUAUGUGC